AUGCAGGUGCCCAAUCUCGAAAGCCUUAUCUUACUGUAUCAAGACUCAAAUGGAGUCAAUCCGACGAAAAUUGACAAAAAUGGAGUGGCUACGUUGACUUCGUCGAAGGUGGUGGACAAUGAUAUGACUCCUUGCGAGAAACCAGCUGCUCCGAUGGCCUCAAUCGAGGAGGAGAUGACAAUCAGUCAGAUCACAGCCGCUUCCUAA